AGACGCGAAUAGUUAAAUAUGAUGACAGGGUUCGAGGAUUGUAAAAAGCAGCAGCAACGGGGCGGACGCGUGCAGGAGCGGCUGGGAUCCGACAGCAGUUCCCGGCACCCGGAGAUGGAAGCGGCCGCGUGCACGCGCACCAGCUCCGGGACCGAGAAGGCAGCACAGGGUCGAGAUUGUUCGAAGACCGAGACGAAUCUACCCGAAUUUUGCGUGUUGGACCCUUCGCUCCCUUUGCUAGACAGGGGGAGCGGACCAGCACAAAGCGAACGAGUGGGCGAUAGGGAGCGAACAACUUUAUCCGAGACUUGUUAUCAUGCCCCAGAAGUGAAAGGCAUGGAGAAGCAACCCGACGCCGCAGCUCACGACGCGGGCGGCAUUAGCCGACUGAGGCGGUUGGUCGGGGAUCCUCAGAGCGGCACAAGGAGGCUUAAGCGGUUCGCGCCAGGUGACGGGGUUCUGCAGCCCGAGCGUGAGCGCGCGGGGCGCUCGGGGGUUGCUGACAGUUGGCGAGACUCCUGCGCUCGACCGUUCGGCGAGCCCGACAGCCGCGAGGGCGAGAGCGAGAGCGCGUCCCCGACUGAUUGCGAGUGCGCGGAGCCGCCGCGAAAACGCCUAUGUUCUCGAGCAGUCAAUAAACAUGCGGACAUGCUGUUCGACACGUACCGCACAAACUCACCACAUGUCAGCACGAUUCCACCGAUGCCAACCCAAAUACCAACACCACAUGCAGAUUCUUCUUUGGACCCCGUGAAUAAACUUUUUACAGAGAGUUCAGAAAGUGACAAACUGGAAAACGAUGGAGAUAUCGAGGAUGAAUUACCAAAAUGUUCCAAGGAAACGUCGAAUAUCCAAGCAAAAUGUGAUUCAUGGGUGGUAUCUGAUACCCUAAAUAAACACCGUUGCCCUAAAACGACGAGCAAUAAGAGAAUCGGUUUAUCAAGGCUGGUGUUAGAGCAUAUAGUACCUUGUAUGAAUCAGUACGGCGUAUGCUUUGUGGAUAACUUCUUGGGGCACAAAAUUGGUGACAAAGUUUUGGAAGAAGUCAUCGCUCUUCAUCAGAGUGGCAAUUUUGAGGAUGGAGUGCUGGCAGGUCAGAGUACAAGUUCAGAUAAAGAAUUAACUGCUUCAACCAAUAAAACUAUUCGUGGAGACAAAAUAACGUGGGUGCAGGGGACGGAAACCGGCUGUGCGUCCAUUGGCCAACUCCUACAGAGAAUGGAUAAACUUAUAUUGCAUGCAGAUGGGAAACUUGGACAUUACAAAAUUAGAGGAAGACACAAGGCUAUGGUAGCCUGUUACCCAGGGCAUGGAACAGGUUAUGUCCGACAUGUUGAUAAUCCAACUGGUGAUGGGCGUUGUGUGACGUGUAUUUAUUACCUGAAUAAAAACUGGGAUGCUAAGGUUGACGGUGGUAUUCUUCGAAUAUCUCCAGAAGGAAAGUCCUAUGUAGUUGACGUCGAGCCGAUCUUUGAUAGAUUAUUGUUGUUCUGGUCUGACCGAAGAAAUCCGCAUGAAGUACAGCCAACAUAUUCUCUCAGAUAUGCCAUAACUGUGUGGUACUUUGAUGCUGAGGAGAGGGCGGAAGCAAGAACCAGGUAUCGGAAUCGAGCAGCUUCUGAACAAGCCACAACCUUUUCUUCACGACAGUAAGCAAGGUGAACCAGUGAUCCAAGCAUCUGAUGUUUUCAGCAGCUCCAAAGAUAUAUGCCUUCUCCAUAAUGUGAUUUGAAACUUUGCCUUUGAAUGAUCUUUGUGUUGUAUCUACUUUUCAGCAAAAAUGAUACAAAUAAAAUUAAUCUGCAAAGCAGAAUUGUACAAAAAAUUCUGCACCAACUUUCUUAAACUCAAAAUCUAUUACUGUGUUUCUCACAGGAUUGAUUUAGUGUUUAAAUAUUAUGUUUGUUAAAUCUAAUAUUGCACCUUAUUCCAGAUUGAAAUGGUGUCGUAUCAUCCAUUUGAAUGCCCUUUUCCCCCUUAUUUAAAAACAGUUUAUGAUCAUUUAUGGCAGUUUCUUCCUGUCAACAUUUGAAGAUUUGACUUAUCUACUGAUUCGUUCCACAAUUUUUGCGCUAAAUGAAACUGGUACCUUCAGCUUUGUUUGCAUUUUCUCUAUUUAUGUGAAAACUGAAUAUCACUGUGCAAAACAAUGCAUUUCUAAAGUUACAAUGAAUAAUCUUCAUUGCACUUCAUUGUGAUUAAUGUUAGUAAACCUUAUCUCUGCACAUAAAUCGUAUGGAAUAUUUUUGAGAAACUAAAUUGAACUUGUGAUAAUUUUGUCUGAAGACUACACUAUGAUGUGAAAUUCUUUCUGCUACUGCCUUUCAUAUGAAACAUUGUUCCAUGGGUUCAUAAAUUAAAUUGAAUGCAAGCUUCAAAUUUACUGUUUUUAAGCUGGAUGCUGCCAUGUUUGCUGGUCAACAGUUUAGCAAUCCAGCAGAAGCAGUAAACAUGUGUUGCAGAGUAGCUUUGAAAAAGCUAUGAAUUUUAUCUCCAGACUUUGUUGGCUUUUGAUAAUAAAGUGCUCUGUGUCGUCAAGACAAAGAUGAUAUUUUACACAUAUAUGGUUGUUUGCAUUUUGUUUGCUUUACUCGAUUUUAUGCUCUCAUUGCACCAUUAUUAAAUGAUUUAGACAAUAA